UCCAGUUCGCAAAAUCCUAGGGUUACGGUGUUGGGCCGAAGCCAGAGCGUGUUGUGUGUGUCCGACCGGCUGGAUCUCCCUAGUGACAGUGGUGGGGAGGUGGGGACGUUGGACAAGCUACAACAGGACUGGAUGUAGCCAGGAAGAGGGCACCGACGUCGUAGAUUAGGAACUGAGAGGGGCACAGCCCUAGUCCCAGGAGGGCUAGAGGAGAUGGCAUCUUUUGGGCAGGACUCCCGCCUUUCGAAAACGAGAAGCGUGCAUCUCAGUGUCUGCCCCAAAGCAGCGGGGUGCCAAACUGCUAGAUGGGCGGCUGCUAGGCCUCAUUUAUCCCCUGAGGUGCUUAAACUGCUCAUGUCUGUACCAGCCAGGAGUAUGGCGGUGUGCGAUCUCCGGAGUUGCUGGGCACAGCAGAGUCUCAUUGACUACCGAAAGAAACGACGAGAACCUCCCAUAUAUGAACGCUGUUUCGUCCAGCCGCGGCGGACCCCUGAUACUAGCGCUCGAUCUUCCGCAGUUACCCUCAGUGAAUUACAGAGUUGCCCUAGUGAACGCUUGGGUUCCGGGAACAGGAUUACUGAGACCUGCAUGAGUUUCUCUACAUCGUCAGCGUAUCUUAGUAUGCUAUAUAAAUUUUUCACACCCGACAAGCUAACAAAGUGGGAGAAGAGGCUUAAAGGAAAGACAGUGUUGGCACUGAAGAAGCUAAACAAGGAAAUAGAAGACGUUCAAAUCCGCAGGGACCUGGUGCUAGAGGAAUGCAGAGCACUACACAAGGAAAAGUUUCUUGUUGAGGCUGACAGUAAAUUCUUUCUGGAAUACCUAGCCCAAAAAAAUAAGCACUGUAGACAGCUACAUGAAGACCUCUGGAAGGAGUACUUCCAAAAAUGUGGGGAGAUAGAAAAAAGGAGACAAGAAUUAGCCUCCAAAUAUGCAAAACAAACGUCAGACCUUAAAGCACAAGAACUACAGGGGAAAAAGACCCAAUCCAAUUUAAAAGAGCAGUUGAAGGCAUUGAAGAACAUUUCAAUAAUAAAGGAGAGACAGGACAUGAGAAUAGAGACCUUAGAAAAGGAGAAAGAGAAAAUCAAAGCUGAGACACCACUAAAGGACCAGAAAGCACACUUGCAGUUCCUCCAGCAAAAAACACUCCUGGAGAAGCAACUGACUGAGCUGUACAAGAAGCGGUCAGAAGAGAGAAAAAAAUUUAUUAAGGGCCAGAACUUGGAGUCCAUAGCACAGAAGUCUAGUUUUGAGUUCUGCCGUGGGGUCUACAGAGAGAACCUGCAGUUACGGGAGGAAUUAGUGCAGCUACUUGAGGUAUCCAAGAAGUUGGAGGCUGCUCAAAGCAAGUUAGAAAACCAGAAGGAGCAGAUGAAGAAAGAACAGUGGUAUCAGGAAUGCUUAAUGAGGGGGAAGCAACGACUGCAAGCAAGGCCUCAUUGGUGCCCAAAAGAAGGUGCUCCAAAGACCACAUUGAGCCCUGAUAGCCUCCAAUCAAAAAUUAAACCCAGAGUAAUUCCUAAAAUAACAUGAAAUAAGAAUUGAAGCAAAUACUACAUAAACCUAUUAGGAAGACUUUUGGAUUGCAGCUUACUAGACUAAAAUAUCUGUUGUAGAAAAUCAUUUUGAGAUUUCUCAUCACUAAUGAUUUCUAAAACAAGGUUAAUUAUAUUUUUCUGUAGAGAAGCAAUGUUAAAAUAUGGGACCAUACUCUAUUCUAGGAUUCACAUUCAAAUAAAUCACUGGUCUAGCCUCGGUCUGUCAUAAAUGAAAAAAAAAAAAAAUACAAUUACCUUAAAAGACAACUUUAAUGUUUUAACUGUUAAGAUAUUUGGAUACCAUUUUCUUUUUUGAGUUCUGCCAUCUAUUUUAUCUAGCAGCAUUUGAAAUUCUAAGAUGACAAAAUUAUUCUAAUUACUUUAGGUCAUGUGUUUUCUUCUUACAUAUGUACUUUGUAGUACACAAAGUUCCUUUUGUCAUAUGUAUGUUCCAUGUAUUUAUGCUCAUUUAGAACUAGGAAUUUUAAGUUAGCAUGGACUUUUAUUUAGGGGAGUUGUACUUUUUGCAAUUAUGACAGAGGCUCAACCAGUGAUUUAUUGGAAUGUAAAUCCUAGAAUAGAGUAUGGUCCCAUAUUUUAACAUUGCUUCUCUAUUGGAAAAUACAAUCAACUUCACAUUUUCCAGAAAUUAUUAGUGAUGAAAAACUUCAAAAUUUCUGAAUUUUCAGGUUCAUUUAUAUGUAAAAUAAAUUCAUUUAAAAUUAAAUUUAAAAAUUCUCCUUCAAUAUGCCUUUAACAUUUUAUUAAAUAUGUAGUUUAUUAAACAAUGUUUUUACUAAAAAUAAAAGCCUACUUAUAAUUUAUAGAUUAUU